UCAUCCUCUUGUAGAGGAGUGUCUCCGUGAGGAGCCGAGGCAGCGCUGUCAAUGAGGAAGAAAACCUAGAACUCCAUUAAAUAUAUAUACAUAUUUAAAAAGCUCCCUCUAAUCGCGAGGCUGGCGAGCAGGAGGACCAAUAAAUAAAGCAGACCGGGAGGACCAGUCCUUCCUCUUCUCGCACCGCAAAGAUGGGGAAUCGGGGAAUGGAGGACUUGAUUCCUCUGGUGAAUCGCAUGCAGGAUGCCUUCUCCGCCAUCGGUCAAAACGCCAACCUGGACCUGCCCCAGAUCGCCGUGGUGGGCGGCCAGAGCGCCGGGAAAAGCUCGGUUCUGGAGAACUUCGUCGGGAAGGAUUUCCUUCCCCGUGGUUCUGGCAUCGUGACCCGUCGACCUUUGGUUCUGCAGCUGAUGACUGCCUCAACAGAAUAUGCUGAGUUCCUCCACUGCAAGGGCAAGAAGUUUAUAGAUUUUGACGAGGUUCGGCAGGAGAUCGAGGCAGAGACCGACCGAGUCACGGGAGCCAACAAAGGCAUCUCCCCCGUGCCCAUCAACCUGCGUGUUUACUCACCUCAUGUGUUGAACCUCACUUUGGUGGACCUGCCAGGGAUGACGAAGGUCCCGGUGGGCGACCAGCCUGCAGACAUCGAGUUCCAGAUCAGAGAAAUGUUGAUGCAGUUUGUCACCAAGGAGAACUGCCUGAUGCUGGCCGUGUCCCCGGCAAACUCCGAUCUGGCCAACUCUGACGCUUUAAAGAUCGCCAAAGAGGUCGACCCUCAGGGACUGAGGACAAUUGGAGUGAUCACCAAGCUGGACCUGAUGGAUGAGGGGACAGAUGCUAAGGACAUUCUGGAGAACAAGCUGCUUCCCCUCCGACGAGGUUACAUCGGUGUGGUCAACAGAAGCCAGAAGGACAUAGACGGAAAGAAGGACAUUAACGCUGCCAUGGCUGCUGAGAGGAAGUUCUUCCUCACCCACCCUGCCUACAGACACCUGGCUGACCGGAUGGGCACGCCGUACCUCCAGAAAGUCCUCAAUCAGCAACUGACCAACCACAUCCGUGACACCCUGCCGGGCCUGCGGUCCAAGCUGCAGAGCCAGCUCCUCUCCAUAGAGAAGGAGGUGGAGGAGUACAAAAACUUCCGACCCGACGACCCGUCUCGCAAAACCAAGGCUCUCCUCCAGAUGGUGCAGCAGUUCUCUGUGGACUUUGAGAAGUGCAUAGAAGGCUCCGGAGACCAGAUCGACACGGCUGAGCUGUCAGGUGGAGCGAGGAUCAAUCGAAUCUUCCACGAACGCUUUCCCUUUGAGCUGGUCAAGAUGGAGUUUGAUGAGAAAGAACUCCGCAAGGAAAUCAGCUACGCCAUCAAGAACAUUCACGGCAUCAGGACAGGGCUUUUCACCCCCGACCUGGCCUUUGAGGCCAUAGUGAAAAAGCAGAUCCAAAAGCUGAAGGAGCCCACACUGAAGUGUAUAGAUAUGGUAGUGAGUGAACUCACUUUCACCAUACACAAGUGUAGUCACAAGCUGGCUCAGUACCCCAUGCUGAGAGAAGAGAUGGAGAGAAUUGUGACUCAGCACAUCAGAGACAGAGAAAGUCGCACGAAAGAUCAGGUGUUGCUGUUGAUUGACAUUGAGCUGUCCUACAUGAACACCAACCAUGAAGACUUCAUCGGAUUUGCCAACGCUCAGCAGAGGAUCAACCAGAUGAACAAGAAGAAGACGACUGGGAAUCAGGAUGAAAUCAUGCCGGAGAGAGGAGUUAGUGACCGGUACAAGGUGAUCAGGAAGGGCUGGUUGACCAUCAACAACAUCGGCAUCAUGAAGGGAGGAGCCAAGGAGUACUGGUUCGUCCUCACUGCAGAGUCCCUGUCCUGGUACAAGGAUGAUGAGGAGAAGGAGAAGAAGUACAUGCUGCCUGUGGACAACCUGAAACUGCGCGACGUGGAGAAGGGCUUCAUGUCCAGCAAGCACAUUUUUGCCCUCUUCAACACCGAGCAGAGAAACGUGUACAAAGAUUACCGUCAGCUGGAGCUGGCCUGUGAGAGUCAGGAGGAUGUUGACGCGUGGAAGGCCUCCUUCCUGAGAGCUGGAGUUUAUCCUGAGCGAGUUACAGAGAAGGAAGGAAAGAGCGAAGGAGGGGAUGAUAAUGGCGCUGACAGCUUCAUGCACAGCAUGGACCCUCAGCUGGAGCGGCAGGUGGAGACCAUCCGCAACCUGGUUGACUCCUACAUGGCCAUUGUCAACAAGACCGUACGGGACUUGAUGCCGAAGACCAUCAUGCAUCUGAUGAUUAACAACACUAAAGAGUUCAUUAAUGCUGAGCUGCUAGCCCAGCUCUACUCGUGUGGAGACCAAAACACGCUGAUGGAGGAGUCUCAGGAGCAGGCGCAGCAUCGUGACGAGAUGCUCCGGAUGUAUCAUGCUCUACGGGAGGCCCUCAGCAUCAUCGGCGACAUCAGCACAACCACCGUGACCACGGCUGUGCCGCCUCCUGUGGACGACUCCUGGCUGCAGGUGCAACGAGGUGGCUCCGGAGGAAG